AUGAAUAGUAGUACAAAUAUUGCUUACAAAUGGCUUCAAACAUUAUUAUCCGCUGCUGUUCCAGGCAACAUUUCUAAUGAAACAUUUAAUAAAAUUAAUAAUACUUCAGCUAAAAAUAUAGCCUUCCCCUUGAUUGUGGCUAACAGUUCUAAUGUUAUAACAAAUAUCCCACAGAUUCAUAAUCAAAUAAAUGUCAAUAUGAAUGAAUAUGAUAGAACUAUCGGUAGAAAGACCACUGCGGUUAAUGUGGCUCUUGGGCUGCCUGGCUUAUUUGCAAAUUUCGAUCUUCAGCAAACUAAAAUCUUGCAAAGAUUAUCUAUUUCUACAGCUGCUGCAUCUCUAUUUUUAGGUACCAUCGCAGUUUUUCUCAUCGCAAGUAUGGAUAGAAGAAGAAAAUUCUUUAGACAUGAUUUAAUUCUAUAUUUAAUCAUUUGUGACUUAUUUAAAGCUUUGAUUUUGAUUAUUUUCCCAGCUGCUGCUAUCGCUAGACAUACAAUUUAUGUGGUAUCAGAAUUCUACAAUACAUUAGGUUGGUUUACUGCUUGGGCUGUGGAAGGUGCAGAUAUCGCUAUUACUGUAUUUGCUAUCCAUUUCGCUUUAUUAAUCUUUAGACCCACUUUGAGUUGGAAAAAUAAACAUACUAAUAAUUUAGAAGGUGGCCUAUACAGAUAUAGGUUUGUGAUCUGGCCUCUAUCUGUUUUAAUUCCCAUGAUAAUGGCCAGUCUAGCAUUUAUUGAUUUUAAUGUCUAUAACACUGCCUUAUUAAAAAAAUAUAAUCAUGUCAUUGCUCAAGGUUCUGAUCAUUAUUACCCUUAUCAAGCUAGGAAAGGUGGUUAUAAACCAUUAGGUAUGUGGUGUUACUUGCCGCCUGAUCCAGUUUAUUAUAAGUUAUUUUUAAGCUGGGGUCCAAGAUAUAUCCUGAUUGUGGUUAUUUGUGUUAUUUAUGCUAGUAUUUAUAUUUACAUUACUAGACAAGGAGAAAUGAUCAAAAGAGAAUUAAGGAAAUUUAGACACUCAUCCUCAACCAUGGACUCUAGAAGAAACGGGAAUAACGAUGAUGACAUCGAAAAUAACUUUGAUGAUGAUGUUGAUGAUGAUGGUAAUAUCAAAAAAGGUACAAUGAUCACAAAGUCUGGGAAAAUCAUUUUUAAACAAAUCCGUAGAUUUUCAGGGUUGAAAUAUGUACUUACAAUUAUCACAGGCUUAUGGAGUUUCUUUUUUUCAAUAUUUGAAUUUAGUGAAAGAAAGGAUGACGACGACGAUGACGACGACGACGAUGCCAUUAGUGUAAGUUCAGAUGAAGAAGAAUGGAUAGGCACAUUUAGCAAUAAUCAAGUAGCUCUAUCAGAAUUGAACACUAAUUAUCGUUCACGCUCACAUCAAAACACGCAAUCUUAUUCUAUUUCCGACUCUCAUCAAAGAGUUUAUCCCUCUAUCUCAUCUGGACAAGAGGAUAUGCCGUUAACGUCUGCAUAUAAUGAUGAACCAUUUGAAGGUCGUGUAUCCGGAAGCUUAGAAUAUAGUAAUCGUUCUUCCCAAAGUUCAAGAAUAAAUCCUAAUGAGCUUAGCCCUUCGGACAUACUAUCAGACGACUAUCAACUGGUAAUUCCAUCUACCGCAAGGGUUUCUUCUAGAAGAGGUACAAAUAUUCCAUUUAAUAUGGCUAUUCCUAUGUAUUCUGAUUCUCAUGUUCAUUCUUCUAACCCUGAUUCAUAUCCUAUGACAGAGUCAUCAGAUUUGGUUACUAGAAACAAUAUAAAACAUUCUAAGUCCUAUCCUCAGUCUAUUCUACGACCAUCUAACAAUCCUGCAGUUAACAAACAUUUAUCCGGUAUAAAUUCGACUACACUUGCAACAAAUAUAUGCCACCCAGAUAAUGCUCAUUUUUCAUCAACUAGGCACUCACAUGCUUCUCGAUCCCAAAAUGCACAUAAUGAUACUGAAUGUCCUAAUGAGUCAUUUAAAGUCAAUACUGUUCCCAUACAUAAUGGUCAUAGUCAAAUUGUUACUCUACAACCAAUUCAAACUCACCAAUCCCUUUCCUCCAAAAGAGAACAGCCACGUAGCAAUAAAAGUUCUAGAUUACGGAGGUUUAGACAUCAAAAUACUGCUUCGAAUUCCACCACAAUUACAACUUUCCCUUCAAAUCGUACUAGACUAGACACUGUCACAAAUGUAAAGCAUUCCUUUCAAAGACAAAUGUAUCUAAGAAUGAAAAAACGUAGAUCUGAAAUUAGAAGAAGAACCAGAUAUAUUUUUAUUUAUCCGAUUUCUUAUCUUAUCCUAUGGAUUUUUCCAUUAGUACUAGAUAUUACACAAUAUAGAAGAGAAAUAUCGCAGGGCCCUGUUAUUUGGUUGUCAUAUCUUUCAUGCUUAGUAUUACCCUUUAAUGGAUUCGUAGACUCAUUGGUAUUUCUAUUAAGAGAGAAACCAUGGAAAUGCAAUUGGAGAAUAAUUGAAACCAAAGAGUUAAUGAAAACAUAUAGAUUAAAAGGUGAGUUGGGGGAAUCGAUAAUUAGAGAAAUUUAUCAUACUAAGUAUGGUAAGCAUGGGUGGUAUUAUCGUGGUAGAUGUAGAAAGCAAUAUUGCUGGCAUAAUCAACCUCAGAAAUGGAAAAGGAUGUGUUGGUACAUUUAUAGAUUCUUCAAAGGACUGUUUCACUUAAACUUUAAUUUUCAAGAUAAUUGUGCUGAUAAACAAUAUUGGGAUAACUAUUAUGCGUUAAAAGAUGCUAACGAGGAUUCCAAAAAUUUUGAAACAAAUAUUUCGGAAUCACAAAGAAACAAUUCAUUUCCUUCAGAUAGUACUACAAUUAAUGCUCCUAAUAAUGAUUUGAACUUAGAAUGGGAUUAUUCAUAUGAAAAUGAUUAUGAGGAGGAAGUCCCGUUUUAUUUUAGAUGCCUACAUGCUUUUCCCAUGUUUGGAGGUGUUGAUUUGGAUGAGUUAGAUAGACAGCUUCGUAUUGAAGAUGAUCAAGCAUCCUUUGUUCUCCCAGGCUUAGAUUUUGCAUUAAAUAAUGGUCUCGAGUUCACGAAUUUGGAUGAAGAAAUUUCACAGGCCCCCGAAUCAACAACUCCAGGCUCUGAAGCAGAUUAUGAGAUAGCCGAACUUGCAAAUCAUAUUAAGUCAGAUCUUUCUUUGAAUGAUAUUGAAGAUCAUACAGCCACUACAACGCCUUUCAAUGUAACUGCCCACUUCUCAUCACUCUCAGAACUGAAUGCACCAGAUUCUGAUAAAUCUCAAGUGCUAUCCAUGUCUCCAAAUGAAUCUUUAGCAAUUCACAAUGCUAGAUCGCCUAAUAGUAAACCACAUACGUCUAACUUUGAAAUAUUUGACGAACCAAUGGAUAUGCUAGCUUUUUUAAACGAACAACAUGAAGACUAA